UUAAGGCCGCGAUAAAUAAGUUCACAGAGCUCGGCGUCCCCCGCCCCUCCUGAGAGGAGACGAGGGCGGAGACGGAGGAGGAAGGGGAAGGAUCAGGACGACCUAACGAACGCGAGAGUCCAAGGAUCGGCAUUUUGAGAUCGUGGGCUAAUGCGGUUUCUGCUUCCGCGCCAAAUGGUUUUGAUGCAUUUUUUGGGUGCUGAUUUAAAUGGUUGAAGAUAAUGUUUUCUUUUCCUUCCACUUCUCUGGCUUUGGUAUUCUGUUGUUCGUGCCCUCAUUAAAGAAGUGCUCCUUUUUGGGUCUAAUAGGGUGUACUUUGGACAACCUGAAGAUUGGUGUAUCUAGGAAAUAUUCAUGGUGGUUUGAAAUGUAUCGCAGUAUAACUCGCCUCUCACAUCUAGGAUGCCUUUGCAACCUGAUAACUCAAUGCCCCUGGAUAACGAGGAUUCUUACUCUGUUGCUUCUACUGCACUAUCCAUAAGAACUUUCAAAGGCGGGACAACUGUGGCAACUGCUACUGCCCCUGCUUUCCGAUGCAGUGAGCGUGCAGAAAAGCGGAAGGAGUUCUACUUUAAAUUAGAACAGAAGCACCAGGCUCUGGAAGCUGAGAAAAUCCAGUCUGAAGCUAGACUAAGGGAAGAGCAAGAGGCAGCUCUGAGAAAACUAAGGAAGAGCUUGAUCUUUAAAGCAAACCCAAUGCCUAGCUUCUACCGUGAGGGUCCUCCGCCUAAGAUUGAACUAAAGAAGGCCAAUCUUCUUUUUGUACAAAAGGUACCUCCUACUCGUGCAAAAUCACCUAAUCUCACUCGAAGAAAAAGCUAUGGUGACGCUAAGACAACCGAAGAGGAUAACUGCAAUGGAGGAUGUGGACGGUUUCAUCGUCACAGUCUGGGUACCAACAGGGAAGCCACAAAAAAGUUGCAGAACAGUCCGGAGAACAUAAAGGGCAAAGAAGGGCUCAAAUCCAAGUCUCUUGCAGUUGCAACAAAUCGGGCAAGUGCCGGAGUCACUGUGCAGAUGUGAAAUGUGCGUUUACAUGCUUCUAAGCGUAACUUUAGCCUUGCAACUGAGUCGACGGUUUGUUUUUGCUUACUGAUAUCUGGUGCUGUAAAUUCUCUAACGUGUACACAUGAUGUGAUUUUGUUUGACUUGCUACUGUCUUUCUGGUUAUGAUAAUUUAUGAGAACCAUGAAUUCUGAGUUCACAAAGCUUCAACUCUUUGAAUC